GUUAGGAAAAGGUGUUCGUUCUAUCUCCAUCUUCCCUUUUUCUUCACUGUAAAAGGCAAUCCCGGCAUAUCUCCUUUCUAUAUUAGAUCUAUAUUUUGUAAUCUUCUUCUUUUUAUCUAAAGGGGGUGUUUUUGUUUGUAUAUACAUCUAAUAUAUUUUCAUCAAACCUUCUAGAGGUACUAGAUUUCUUGCAGCAUUUCUCAAUAAUUUUCCGAUUUCUUGUAUAAUUCAAGAUUGAAGGAUCCCAUUUUUUUUGGCAUCAUCUUUGUAUUUUUCUACCUCUGCAUGAUCAAUGUCAUUUCUUUGAUCAUUUUGCAUGUUACUAUACUCAAAAAAGCAUACACAUAAAUGUCCUUUUCUCUCCCUUUGUCAUAAGUUAUAGUCUGACUCUGAAAGAAAAAUUAAAACGUUCAUGAGUUUAGAUCCUUAGUACUGAUCAUAUGUCAUAAACUAUGCAAAGGUAAUUGAAUAGUUUUCAAAUAGUUCUUAAGUUGAAACUAGCUUACUGAACGAUUCCAUCUAUCACUUUCAUCAUUUCUCAAAGUCAGAAAUCUAAAAUUUAGAAUUUAAGCUUGGUCAUUGGUUGGACAUUAGUAAGGUCCGAUAUUCAUUCUUUGCUCAAAUAGGAAGGUGACAAUCUCGAUCUAGCGACCAUCUAUCAGUUUUGUCAUUUCUCCAUGUCAGAAAUCUAAAAUUUAGAAUUUAAGCCUGGUCAUUAGUUAGACAUUAGUAAGGUUCGGUAUUGGUUCUUUGCUCAAAUUGGUGACAGUCUCAAUCUACUGACGUGAUUCGGUAUUAUUUUGCUUGCACAUUAAUGGAUAACGACAAGUCUUCUUCUUCUUCAUCAACAUAUCCAUAUAACACAGCUCCUCCUCCACCUUCUACAAAUCAACAACCAUCAUAUAAUCCCUCUAACAAUAAUUCUAGUCCAUAUCCUCCUCCUGGUUCUGUUCCAUAUCCAUAUCCAUAUCCUCAAUACCUUCAUUAUCAUCCACCUCUUUACACUACUCAACAUUCUGGUCACUUUAAUUACCAUCAUCCACCAGAAUUAGCUCCUAGACCACACCAGACCAAUACCCCUUUAGACUAUAGUAAUUAUCCUCCACCAUCACAUAUUGUCCAUGCUCCUUAUAUGUACCAUACAUAUCACCCUCCCCCUCCUCCUACAAUAUCGUCUUCUUCUAGACCUGUUCUUCAACAACAAGGGAGUUUUCAAUAUGGUAAUUCAUCUCAAGGUCCUCUAGAGAGGCAACCAUCGAAAGACCGUGCAUCUUCUCCUAGGCUCCAACACCAAAAUAGUUUGUCAUCGGUUAGUAGUUCCAGUGCAAGUGGUGUAUCGUCCGUAAAUAGUUCAUUGGCUAGCUCUGAUCAUGGUAAAAAUGAACCUCAUCCACCUAUAGAUGAUCACUUAGCAAAUAUGCAUUUGUAUGAAAAUCCCGCUCCUGCCUCCGCCCCUGCAUUAGCGACAUAUCACUUGGGACCAAGACCUAUAUAUGGACAUCCUAAUGCUUCAUUUUCAAAGGGGGAAGCAUCUCCUAUGGUCCAAUCCGAGCCGUCUCAUAGACCAACUCAUUCAAGAACAAGUAGCGGUGAACUACAAAAUAAUUGGGGUAUGCAAGUUAUGCCAUUUAUGCCUUCUAAAAAUGUUUUGCUCUUACAUGGGAAUCUUGAUAUUUGGGUAUUUGAAGCAAGGAACCUCCCAAACUUGGACGUGUUCCACAAAACCAUAGGGGAUAUGUUUAACAAAAUGGGCAACAAUGGGCAACUUGGUAAUAUGACAAGCGAUCCAUAUGUCUCGAUUAUAUUAGCAGGCGCGGUUAUUGGGCGUACUUAUGUCAUAAACAAUAACGAAAAUCCUGUGUGGAUGCAACAUUUUAAUGUACCUCUUGCACAUUAUGCUUCUGAAGUACAAUUUCUUGUCAAGGAUAAUGAUAUGGUAGGUUCCCAGCUUAUAGGGACAGUAGCAGUCCCGGUAGAACAUAUAUACGGAGGGGGAAAAGUCGAAGGGUUCUUUCCAAUAUUGAAUAAUGGAAAACCUUGCAAAGCUGGAGCUGUUUUAAGGAUAUCAGUUCAGUAUUACCCAAUGGAUCAAUUAAGCUUUUACCAUCAUGGAGUUGGAGCAGGUCCCGAGUAUUAUGGGGUUCCCGGGACUUAUUUUCCGCUGAGGAUGGGUGGAUCAGUUACUCUUUAUCAAGAUGCUCAUGUGCCUGAUGGAUGUCUUCCAAAUUUAAAGCUUGAUUAUGGGAUGCAAUACGCGCAUGGAAAGUGCUGGUGCGAUAUAUUUGAUGCAAUAUGCCAAGCCCGACGAUUGAUAUACAUUACUGGAUGGUCAGUGUGGCAUAAAGUGAGACUGGUUAGAGAUGAUGCUUCUGUAGAAGCUAGCGAUCUCGGGGAACUUUUGAAGUCAAAAUCACAAGAAGGAGUGAGAGUGCUGCUUCUUGUGUGGGAUGACCCCACCUCAAGAAGCAUCCUUGGCUAUAAAACGGAUGGCCUCAUGGCAACCCACGAUGAAGAAACUCGUCGUUUUUUCAAGCAUUCAUCUGUGCAAGUGUUGCUUUGUCCUCGUGUGGCAGGAAAACGUCACAGCUGGGCCAAGCAGAGGGAAGUUGGAGUAAUUUAUACACAUCAUCAGAAAACCGUGAUAGUGGAUGCUGAUGCAGGAAACAAUCAAAGAAAGAUCAUAGCUUUUGUUGGAGGACUUGACUUGUGUGAUGGACGAUAUGAUACUCCAGACCAUCCGAUAUUUAGAACGCUGCAGACAGUGCACUCAGAUGACUAUCAUAAUCCCACUUAUGCAGGGAGUACUACUGGUUGUCCAAGAGAACCAUGGCAUGACUUGCACUGUAAAAUUGAUGGUCCAGCAGCAUAUGAUGUUCUGAAAAACUUUGAGGAACGCUGGUUGAAGGCUUCAAAGCCCCAGGGCAUCAGAAAGUUGAAGAAGACGUAUGAUGAUUCUUUGCUCCGAAUAGAAAGAAUGCCUGAAAUUCUUAGUAUUUCUGAGACUUCAUCUACGAGCAGCAACGAUCCUGAUAAUUGGCAUGUACAGAUUUUCCGCUCUAUUGACUCGAAUUCAGUCAAAGGAUUUCCGAAGGAUCCCAAAGAAGCUACAAUGAAGAACCUGGUAUGCGGCAAAAAUGUACUUAUUGACAUGAGUAUUCACACAGCUUAUGUGAAAGCCAUUCGUUCUGCGCAACAUUUCGUUUACAUUGAAAAUCAGUACUUCAUUGGUUCCUCAUACAAUUGGAGUCAAUAUAACGACGUGGGAGCCAAUAAUCUGAUUCCUAUGGAAAUUGCACUUAAAAUUUGCGAAAAGAUUAGAGCACAUCAAAGGUUUGCAGCAUAUAUUGUCAUCCCAAUGUGGCCAGAGGGUAAUCCAACUGGAGCUGCUACACAGAGAAUUCUUUUUUGGCAGCAUAAGACGAUACAAAUGAUGUACGAGACUAUUUAUAAGACUUUAGUGGAGGUUGGCCUUGAGGACGCUUUCUCUCCACAAGAUUAUUUGAACUUCUUCUGUCUUGGUAACCGUGAGGCUGAUGUAGGGGAAAAUGAGAAUUCGGGUGCUGCUAACACUCCUCAGGCACUAAGUCGAAAAUACAGAAGAUUUAUGAUUUAUGUUCAUUCUAAAGGAAUGAUUGUGGAUGAUGAGUAUGUCAUAGUGGGAUCUGCAAACAUCAAUCAACGCUCGCUAGAGGGUACCAGAGACACGGAGAUAGCAAUGGGAGCAUAUCAACCGUAUCAUACAUGGGCAAGAAAUCAAUCGAAUCCCAGUGGACAGAUAUUUAGAUAUAGAAUGUCUCUGUGGGCUGAGCAUCUUGGAGUUGUCGAUGACUACUUCACCCGACCAGAGUCUCUAGAGUGCGUUAGGCGGGUUAGAUCGAUGGGUGAAGCAAACUGGAAACAAUUUUCAGCUGACGAAGUAACUGAAAUGAGAGGCCACCUCCUAAAGUACCCUGUUGAAGUUGAUAGAAGAGGCAAGGUGAAAAGUCUUCCUGGAUUUGAAGAAUUUCCAGAUGUUGGUGGUGACAUAAUUGGAUCAUUCCUUGCCAUUCAAGAAAAUCUUACCAUUUAAAUUUUGUCAUUUCUUUCCUAACAUGUACUUGGAGAUUACUAAUAAGACAAAUUGGUGGACUAAACUCCCACUAUGCAUAGACUGCAGGGGUGAUGAGGUUAUAUAUACUGCUUGAACCCGUGACCUCCUAGUCACAUGACAACCACUCUUGUUGUUGCGUCAAUGCUCCCAUUUAUUUAGAGACUACUUCACUACAAGAAACUUGAAUUAGCUGUGAACUUUGUUGCUAAUGCGUCACUAAAUAGGAUUAGCGAUAGAUUAUGUUGUUUAGCUUCGGGAUUUAUUCGCUGGCAAUUCCUUUUUUUUCUUUUUUAGUAGUGUUUGUACAAAAUUAUAUUAGGUCUCUCAAGAAUGGAGGUGUUCCGUUCAUUGUUAAAGAUUUAACAUAUAGAAAGAGGUAGAAAAGAGGGUGUCAAGAAUGGAGUUUUGUGUCCAUUGAUUCAUAGAAUUUAACAUACAGAAAAAGUUAGUGUGAUGAGUCUGAGUGUUUAGUAAAAAAAAUUAGUUUAGUUAUUUUUUUCCAAGGUUUUUGCUUCGAGUUAAUUAUGUGAGGUCUGCAAGCUCGCAAACAUUUGUGAAUUGGGCCACUUAUAAAAACAACAUAAUUACUUUGUUUUGAUAGCUUCAAUGCUUCUACCUAUAUUUCACACAAAAGGCAAGGGUCAAGGUUCUAUUCCUUCUUGAAAAUUAAGGUAUAAACUAUUAAAAAAAAUAAGGUGUAAAAAAAAUAAAAAAAAUAAAAAUUGUGCAAAUGCCGUAGAUAACUGCCCACUCCCCAAACCAAUAGCUUAACAAAAGAACGUGGAGCAGCCCCACUUCCUACACAUACUAAUAAACCAACAAAUUAUAUGAACUUCCCUUCAAUCUCAUAUAUAUAUAUACAGCUAUUUACUUAAUUCUUUCCACUCCUCAUGGCUUCCUCAAGAAUGUCGUUCACAGAAAAUUUCAAUUCCUAUUCCUCUCUUUUUCUUCUGUUUUUGUUGCUUACAGUAUUGAUGAAGUAUUCUUUCUCGGAAGCUCGAAAUCUUGAAGAAGAUGAUCACCUAGGAAGCAUCAAAUUGUGUGAUGAAAUAUACGUAGUUGAAGAAGGAGAAACACUUCAAACAAUAUCGGACAAGUGUGACGACAUUUUUAUAUUGGAGGAGAAUACUCAGAUCAAUGAUGCCGAUGAUGUUUACCCUGGCCUUGUUCUCAAGAUUACAUCUAGGAAGCUAGGAGUAGUGUUUAAUUAGUACCCUUUUUCGUUUUAUUGUUAAUUUCUCCUUAGUUUCAAAUUUCAAAUUUAGAUUAUUUAUGCAGUGUGUAAAAAGCAGAUAUUCUUGUAUGUUGUCAGUUUGCCUAGUUACUUUCACCUGAUGGUGUAUAAAAUUUACCU